AUGCCGGUCUUGGCCAGGGUAGAAAUGUGCCCGGGAGUCCAGGAAGAAGGCGAAUUGCGCAGGGAAGAAAGAAAGCUAUGCGCCAUGAUGAGACGGCGUGGGGGCUCUCUCAUCUUGGUUACAUGGGGGAGGGGGACCCAAGACUCGAUCGUGUCUUGGAUUGCAACCUCGGCUGUCAAGUCAAGUCCCCUCCAUCAGGCCUUCCAGCGCACACGACAGCAGGAAGCAACCAAAGCAACCACUUCAACACCGCCUGUGCAGCCCCUGCAGCCACUGUCCACACAGCCACUGGAAUCACCGCAACCAGCACCAUCUCGCGCCAAAAACGUACCAUCGCGGGCACGCCGAUCCCACCAGCCAACCAUUCUAGUCUUGAUUCAUACUGGCCAUUCAGUCUCUACCUACCUACCUAGGUACGGGUGUUGCCCUGUCACGCCCGCCCAGCGCCCAACUGUGACUUCCCCUCUCCCGCAAAUCUGGGGCCGGUUCGCCGCGCCGCCAGGUCCCCCCUCCACCGCAGCCAUGCGUCUCCUCCGUCGUCUUCUCUCCGACACCUACUACCGCGCCAAAAGCUAUCUUCCAGCAUCCCAAUCCCCCGAGAUGUCGUGGAAGGCCUCCGAGAAGCUGAUGGACACCAUCCGUCACUAUGCACAGUUUCCUGCUACCGGCGUCAGUCUGCGCCAAAUGGUUCAGUUCGGCGACAAGCCCUCCACAGCCUCGAUGCCUGCCGCAAGCACCCGCAUCACCACCUUUUUUUCUGCCCGCGUGCCUCGACGAAAGCCGUCCGCCCCCAAGCACCAUGCAUCCGCCGCGCAACGGCUCAUUGCUAACUCUCGCCCGACAGGAACGCUAUUCCGAGCCUCACAAUUCCUUUCCGAGGAGCUUCCCAUCCGCUUAGCCCACAGAGUCCGCGAAUUGGAAGACCUUCCCGAUGGCGUAAACGACAUGCCCUCGGUUAUCAAAGUCAAGGACUGGUACGCCCAAUCCUUCGAAACUCCCCCAACCCAGGAAAUCACACAGCUGGCCCGCCCCGACCUUGACAAGGAAACACGAGAUCGCUUAAUGAAGCCGUCACGGCACGCCCUCAUGGGCGGCUACCAGCAACUCUCCGAGGCCACCCCCAACCCUUCCAUUGACGAGGAUCCUACCGGCUGGGGCCACACAAACGGCAACGGAAAUGGCAACGCCAAGGCCAAGUCCCUUUCUCGGCGCUACUAUGCCACCGUCGACGACACCGGCGCCUGGCCCGCCGAGCUGCACCUCUACAACCAGCGCUUCGCCCAGACCUUGCACAAGAUCAAGCGCCGCCACGAUGGCGUCGUCACCACCAUGGCCCAGGGUAUUCUCGAGUACAAGCGCAAACGCCAACGCCUCCAGAUUGACAGCACCAUCCAGUCCUUCCUCGACCGCUUCUACAUGUCUCGCAUCGGCAUCCGUAUGCUUCUCGGACAGCACAUUGCCCUGACUGACCAGAGCCACCACCGCGACCCUACCUAUGUCGGCGUCAUCUGCACCAAGACCAAUGUCCAGGACCUCGCCCAGGAGGCUAUUGAGAAUGCUCGCUUCGUUUGUGAGGACCACUACGGCCUCUUUGAGGCCCCCAAAGUCCAACUGGUCUGCAACCCCAACCUCGACUUCAUGUACGUUCCAGGCCAUCUGUCCCACAUGCUCUUCGAGACGCUCAAAAACUCUCUGCGCGCCGUCGUUGAGACCCAUGGCAUGGACAAGCAGGAGUUUCCCGUCACCAAGGUCAUUGUGGCCGAGGGCAAGGAGGACAUUACCAUCAAGAUUAGCGACGAGGGUGGUGGCAUUCCCCGCAGCGCCAUCCCACUCGUCUGGACCUACAUGUACACCACCGUCGAUCGCACACCCAAUUUGGACCCCGACUUUGACAAGAGCGAUUUCAAGGCCCCCAUGGCCGGUUUUGGCUACGGACUGCCCAUCUCCAGACUGUAUGCGCGCUACUUUGGCGGCGACUUGAAGUUGAUUAGCAUGGAGGGCCCAUCAUUGGUUCUGCGCAAGCGCCUCAAGGACAAGCAACGUCGCGAGGUGACGGAGCGAAAGCAAGUGGGUGACGCCGAGGCGGUCGUGAAUGCACCCCCCAGCAGCUACAACCGUAGUGACGAUCAGCAGCUGUAG